GUAGUGGCUAGCUCGGUCGCGUGGAUUUUUGCGCAAGUUUUUAGAAAAACACUGACUCGAGUAGAGCAUUUCUCCGGAAAGUUUCAAGUGCAGCAAAAUAGCGAACGUGCAAAACUGGCCAAGGGGAGACCUCUAGUGGUUAGACGCGUCUUUAAGUUCGGAAGGCCGAGAGCAAACUUUGGCCUUUACUUUUUAGCUACGUAGUCCGUUCAGACGUGGAAGUGAUUAGACGACCUGAGCCGGGGGCCAGAUGUUGUAGAGAGGAUGCUGAUCAGAAAUAGAAAGUUUAGUAAAUCGGAGAGCAAAUGAAAUCUAAGGACCCAGCCUUCCAAUUGGGGUACUUCUAUGGGAAAGUAGAACCUUCCAAUCUUCAAGACUUCUAUGGGAAAAACACUUUGCUUUUAUUCUGGGAUUUGAGAUCGGUCACUGUCUGGAUUAGAGGCAGUUGUUGGAUUUUUUUUUUUUUUUUUUAAUAUUUGUCAUUGUCUAUACAUUUGAUCAACCUUUAAUCAGUAUUAACAGUGGAUAAUACAUUUGAAUGUUAAUAAAAAUACGAAGUGCAAUACAUGUUUAAAACUUUGAAAAAAUGAAAAACACUUGUAUUUGAAAAGGCUCAUAUAAAAUGAUUUUAUAUGAGCUAAUUAUUUUACUCUCUAGUAAAUAUAAUUUAAGGCCUUAUUUCAUUUCUUAAACACAUAGUCAUAUAUAGUUUUAAAAUAAAUGACCCCAUUUAGCUCUAAGAGUGUAAUUUUGUUUCACUGGUUAAGACAUUUCUGAAUACUUUGUAUAAUUUUGGAUUUAAACACUUAAAUAUAUGGACAAAACUUGCUUACAUAGUAUCUAUUCUUCUGCCGGUGUGUGUUUUGUAUGGUAAAUUUAAAUGAGAAGCAGUGAGAGAAAUUAAAAUUGUAUCAAAUGAUCCUGGUAACUUUCAUUUGCUUGUCAUACAAUGGAAGAGACUUUAAGAGGGGAAUUUAGGGUAGGGCAAUGAUAUAAAUGUAAAAUCAAUUUCACCUCAUCCAAAGCUAGUUUAUUUUUUGUGUGUGUGGUGUGUGUUGUAGCAUAUUAAGUGGUAGUGUACAAAAUUAUGCAAUGUCAGUAAUUCAGAAUUUGAACUUGUUAUUUAUGAGUUUCAGGGCUUCUUUUUUUUAAUGACAAUACUUUGAUUUUAUUUCUCUUCUCUUUAAAUUGAUGCUAGACCUCCAGGAGAAGUCUUGAGGGUGAACCACAGUCUUAAAGACCAUCAGAUAAUUAUUUCUUCACUGCUACUAGGUUAAAAAAUAAAUCAUGACUGAAUCUGCCUCUAGCACAAGUGGUCAAGAAUUUGAUGUAUUCAGUGUUAUGGAUUGGAAGGAUGGAGUAGGUACAUUACCAGGAAGUGACUUAAAGUUCCGUGUAAAUGAGUUUGGAGCCCUGGAAGUUAUCACAGAUGAGAGUGAGAUGGAAAAUGUUAAAAAAGCAACAGCAACUACAACUUGGAUGGUACCAACUGCUCAAGAAGCCCCGACCUCUCCCCCGAGCUCCAGGCCCGUAUUUCCACCUGCCUACUGGACAUCUCCACCUGGAUGUCCCACAGUCUUUUCUGAGAAGACUGGAAUGCCUUUCAGGUUGAAGGAUCCAGUGAAAGUAGAAGGGCUUCAAUUCUGUGAGAACUGUUGUCAGUAUGGCAACGGAGAUGAGUGUCUUUCUGGAGGAAACUACUGCAGCCAGAAUUGUGCUCGACAUAUCAAAGACAACAGAGAUCAGAAGGAAGAAAGGGACAUGGGAGAAGACAACGAGGAAGAAGAUUCUAAGUGUAGUAGGAAGAAGAAGCCAAAGUUAUCUCUGAAAGCUGACUCCAAGGAGGAAGAAGAGCGAGAUGACGAGAUGGAAAACAAACAAGAUGGGAGAAUCCUGAGGGGUUCGCAGAGAGCCCGAAGGAAAAGGCGAGGUGAUUCGGCUGUAUUAAAGCAGGGUUUGCCCCCUAAAGGGAAGAAAGCGUGGUGCUGGGCCUCCUACCUGGAAGAGGAGAAAGCUGUGGCCGUGCCGGCAAAGCUAUUCAAGGAGUAUCAAUCUUUUCCAUAUAACAAAAAUGGGUUUAAAGUUGGCAUGAAACUAGAAGGCGUGGACCCUGAACAUCAGUCUGUGUAUUGUGUCCUCACUGUGGCUGAGGUUUGUGGAUACAGGAUAAAGCUGCACUUUGAUGGAUACUCUGAUUGUUAUGACUUCUGGGUAAAUGCUGAUGCUCUGGAUAUCCACCCAGUUGGGUGGUGUGAGAAAACUGGCCAUAAACUCCAUCCUCCAAAAGGAUAUAAAGAAGAAGAAUUUAAUUGGCAGACCUAUCUCAAGACAUGCAAAGCUCAGGCUGCUCCCAAGUCAUUAUUUGAAAAUCAGAAUAUAACAGUGAUCCCAUCAGGCUUUCGAGUUGGAAUGAAGCUUGAAGCUGUAGACAAAAAGAACCCUGCAUUCAUCUGUGUUGCUACGGUAACAGAUAUGGUGGACAAUCGUUUCCUUGUACAUUUUGACAACUGGGAUGAGAGCUAUGACUAUUGGUGUGAAGCCUCUAGUCCACACAUUCAUCCAGUUGGUUGGUGUAAAGAACAUCGAAGAACCCUCAUUACUCCUCCAGGUUAUCCAAAUGUGAAACAUUUUUCUUGGGAUAAAUACUUAGAAGAAACCAAUUCUUUACCUGCUCCUGCAAGAGCUUUCAAAGUGAAGCCGCCACAUGGAUUCCAGAAAAAAAUGAAGCUUGAGGUCAUAGACAAAAGAAAUCCCGUGUUUAUUAGAGUGGCAACAGUGGCAGACACAGAUGAUCACCGAAUAAAAGUUCACUUUGAUGGCUGGAAUAGUUGCUAUGAUUACUGGAUAGAUGCAGAUUCUCCUGACAUUCACCCUGUUGGUUGGUGUUCAAAAACUGGGCAUCCUCUUCAACCUCCUUUGAGCCCGUUAGAACUGAUGGAAGCCUCGGAGCACGGAGGCUGCACAACCCCGGGAUGCAGAGGGAUUGGCCACUUUAAGAGAGCGAGACACCUGGGCCCUCACAGUGCUGCCAACUGUCCCUAUUCAGAAAUCAAUUUGAAUAAAGACCGGAUUUUCCCAGAUCGUUUAAGUGGUGAAAUGCCUCCAGCUAGUCCAUCAUUUCCAAGAAGUAAAAGGGCAGACACAAAUGAAAUCUCUUCAUCUCCUGAAACCAGAGACCAGCGUGCUGAGGAUGUCAAAGAAGACUUUGAAGAGAGAACAGAGAGUGAGCUGAGGACACCACAUGAAGCCCGAGGUGCCCGGGAAGAAAGCAGCGUGCAGCAGGCGCAGCGCCGGUCGGCCGUCUUUCUGUCCUUUAAGUCCCCGAUCCCGUGCCUGCCCCUGCGCUGGGAACAGCAGAGCAAACUUCUCCCCACGGUGGCCGGCAUUCCUGCCAGUAAAGUUUCUAAGUGGAGCACGGAUGAGGUGUCCGAAUUCAUACAGAGCUUACCUGGAUGUGAAGAACAUGGAAAGGUAUUUAAAGAUGAACAAAUUGAUGGAGAGGCAUUUCUGCUUAUGACCCAAACAGACAUUGUGAAAAUUAUGAGCAUUAAGUUGGGCCCAGCACUCAAAAUUUUCAAUUCUAUCUUGAUGUUCAAAGCCGCAGAGAAGAACUCUCACAAUGAACUUUGAAGGUGGUGAAUUUUGAAUACCAUCAGCUUUCUGCUUUAAAGCUCAUAUUUUACUCAAAGCACAAAGACAGUUGUAACUUCUAAGUGAGAAGUCUCCAAAAAUCUAAAGAGCAAUGCUAUCAGAUUAUUUAUAUUCCUCAAGAGACAAUAUAUAUGAAUUCUUACAAAAGUGCUUGAGCUUUUAACCAGGUACUGUCUAACAACAGUCAUCUUUUGGUUCUGUUCACUGAGCUAAAUUUAUCUUUGUAAAUCUUUUUGAGGCUGGGGGGGGGGGGGGGAGGGGGACUUCAUUAAUUAUUUAUGGAAAAAGUGGGGGGCAGAAUAAGAACUUUUGGCAUUUUGUAAACAUUGUUGAAUUCUCUUUCAUGUACACUGUUUCUUUUUCAAUACUUUCAGGAACCUUUUUUAUAUAAUCAAACUUCAACUUAAACCAAAUUAGUCAAAACCUGGCUAAGUUUAGCCAGUGGGACUGUUAUCUGUAUUGCUAAUUCUGUGCCAUAUUUUGAAUUGCAACAUUAUGCUAAGUAUAACUUUGCAAGUCAUGAUAUUGCCUAACUGCUUGUCCUGAUUCAUUGAGGCUGAAUAGUUGUAAAAAUUACCUUCCUUUAAAUCAGUGUUUUUACUUUUGCACGCAAUUAUGAAAUGUUAAACAAAUUACUUUCACCAGCAUCUUGACUAUAAUUACCAAAAACGUGUAUAUAAAUAAUGGAAUUAAAAAAUAAAAUAUAUAAACAUAAAUAAGGUGAUGUAUUUGAAUGGCAUCAGUCUCAUACAUUGUGGUGCCCUGUGUGUUUACAGGACUCCAGUGAUAUCAAAGGAAUAUACAGUUAUAUUUGAAGGGGGCACUGUUUGUAUGAUCUUGAACUGUUUAUGAGAUGAUAUUGAGCUUUUCUCUAAUUGUCAUUGAAAUAAUUGUGGUGCUUUGCAGAGGUGAAGGGAUCGUUCUGUCGAUGUAAACACUAAUCCCUGAAGAGCUCUGUCUUAGACCUUGCAGUGUCCUCCAAAUCCAAAGGUUUUCUUCAGUUUUGGCUAAAGAGAGAGUGUAUAGAUUUUACUGAAGAGGCAAAAUUUGAGGGAGCAACCCCAGUUGAGGCAAACAUUCUAAAUGCUCACAGAUCAGGGAAGUGACUUCCUAAAGCUCCAUUUUUGAAAAACCCUCUUCUCCAUAGAAGUGUUUGCCUCAGUAUAGAAGCGUACAGAUGCACUUUAAUUGAAAACCCUUGAUUCCCUAUAAACUGAGAGCUGGUAGUGUUUCUUUUGCAAGAAUGCAUUUCCAACGCAAAAGGUAAAUUAUUUUAUCAGCCUAUGUAUGUAACUUCUAUUUCCAGGAUUGGAUAUUUAUCCAAGGACUAUUUUAAAAGUAGAAAGUAAGUUUGUAGCAUGUUGUCUGAAUUCUGGGGAAAGUUUCACCUUUCUCUGUAGUUGCUCUCAUUUUUUCUCAUGUAGGAUUCCCUUGAUAUCUGCCCUGCCCCACACCCUGUUGGAAGUCUGUAGUGGUCCUUUGCUUUUGUCGUAAUUCAAGGUAAAACAGGGCCCAUGACAUCUGCCGUGGCCCCUUCCUUUCUUUGCAUGAGUCUGCUUAAAAAAAGGUUUUCGUUGUUAGUUUUUAUUUUCUUUAUGUUUUGUUCAGAGUUUGUACAUUCAAGUUGCACUUGUUAUACCUGACAUGAAUUAAAUAAAAUCUUAAUUGCAGAUA